AUGGGUGCGGUCGAAGGAGCCCGGGGGUUCGCAACUCCGCAGCAACACUUCUGUGGAAACCUCUCGCUAUCCAAGAGCAUAGACGAAUUCAAGUCGUUACUGCCUACUAACGGACGGUUCCGCGAGAUCUUAGACUCGAUCCGGCCUGUCCAAGUCUUCAACUGGGAAGGUCACGCCAGUGACGAUGACCCAACAACGAACCAGAGCCAAAUGGCAGAAACAGAUGAUGACUUCGACAUUGAAAUCCCAGCACGGCUUGAGCCACUUUAUAUGAAAUACAAAGCCGUACGGAAUCUACUUGAUGCGGGAAGGGCAACGCAAGCCUGGGCCGCUUUCCCAAGUCUCGUCCGUGAUGCAGAAAUUCUCGGUUUGGACAUGGAUCCUGACGCAGCUUCAGGUGAGGCUGAUAAAAACUCACAACCGGGCCGUCAUCUCUGUUGGCUCCUCAUAGAACUCGACGUUCAACUCAGCUUUCUCCUGGGUCGCUGUCCCUUUAUUGCUUCCUUCCAUGGCAUCCCCAGGCCGUCCUCAACAGCCUCGAGGCCGGAAGAACAGGACCUCCAGGAAAGACUCUAUGACUUUUCACAGUACAUGCUCGAAGUCCUGGAGCGCUUCAACCGGGGCAAAAAUGACCCGCAAAUAUUGUCUUCCCAGGAGAGGGAGCCCAGGUUAGAAGCAGAUCUAACUCGACUUUACCACCUGCAGUCGAAGCUACCGCCGGUGCCGCAAAACAACUCGUCUGACCCUUCACUAUCCAUUGCAAUUACCCAACAUCACAUCGACGUUCAACUUAUGCUGAUGGUGCUGCAUUGUCAGAUGCUCCGGGCGAUGCGUAACCAACACACGUCGGCCAAGAGAGCCAAAUACAGGGAGCUGUUGAAGUGUUCUAGGCUGAUUACCGAGAUGUUCGACUCCAUCCAUAGCCUCGAUCCAACCAAGACGGCUUCAUCCUGGCCGCGGUGUUUUGGUGUCUUUUGCGCCGCUGUGAUGCUGGGCAUCGCCACCAUCCGCCAAGAGGUCGGCGUGAGCAUAGGUUCGAAGCGUGUGGAGCGGACCUUGAGCAUCUUUAAAGAUCUUGGGAAAGCUGGCCAGGCUACAGGAGUUGUUGACCUGGCCAUCACAUCCCUGGAUCUGGUUGUCGAAAGAAUCAAGGAGCUUGAGCACCCUCCUACCAGCGCCACUGGUAUCAGUCUUGGGCCGACCGUUACUUGUCCGACAACGCCUACCGGCGAGGUUACUCCUCCGGCCGCACCCUUGACCGAUUUUGCGGCCAAAGUCAAGAGGAAUGAUGCGAACCUCAAACGUCGCAGAAGACCUAGCUUCGAGGGGAAACUGGGUGCCAACAAGCGACAAAUGUUCGAGUUCAAGGAUAUCGCCCCGAGCCACCUAGAGCAGCGACGUGCAAGUUGGCAUCCCGGGACUGACCAUCAUUAUGCUCAGGCUAUGGCGGCUUUCCAUGACGCAGCUGCAAACAGCGUCCAAAAUCGACCUGAGCAGGCGAGCUUCCAGCAGGACAAAUGUCCGCCACCGGCAGUUUCCACCUCGUUCACGGCGAAUGAUCAAACAGCAAUGUCCGCGGUGGGAUAUGGGACGACUCCUCUAGAGCAGUUCCACGAAUUCCAGGCCGCUCAUCACUGGGUUCAUCCACCAAUGAUGUACCAUCCGCCAAUGUACGAUGAUUGGUGGCAAGCACAAUUUACUCCUUAUGAUACUAUGACCCCAGACCAGUCUCGACAAGUGUUUUUUGAGUCGCCGCUGGGUUUGCCCAUGGACCAAUCUCGGCAUCUUGAUACUACCCCGCGUGCCAAUGAGCAUGCUGGCUUUGCCCAUCUCAAGCAAGACCAAGGCGUCAAUCACGAUCCCGCCAUGAUGAUUAAUACCUCAAUGGUACGCUCGUUUACCCAGGCAGUAUAA